CCACAUCCAGUCCCACAAAUAGGUUUUGACCUGUCAGAGAAAACAGCUGACUGCAGACAUCCGACGACACGCGGCAUCAUUUCCAACAAAGACACUCUUCCUGAAACAUGACAACAGCGUCAGCCAGCUCCCACUUGAACAAGACUGUACGCCAGCAAUACAUGAGCCUUCCGCAGGGAGGCAAAUGUCAGGUGACUUACAUCUGGAUCGACAACAAUGGACAGGACCUGCACAGCAAAACCCGGACCCUGGAAACUGAACCAAAAAGUAUUGAAGCUCCAUUGAGGUUAAAGCUCUCAUUUAUAAUUAUCCAAAUAGAAAUUCCUGAAUGGAGCUUUUGUGAGAUAUGCAGAUUCCAGCAGGACCAAAAGUUCUACAGAGAAAUGUUCCUCAUACCAGCGUGCAUGUUCCGAGAUCCUUUCACCCUUGACCCCAACAAGCUGGUUCUCUGUGAAGUUCUCAAGAACGACCGCCUUCCUUCAGAAACAAACCAUCGAAUGGGCUGCAAGAAAGUGAUGGACCAGGUCAAAGAGCACCAGAUCUGGUUUGGCAUGGAGCAGGAAUACACACUCUUGGGAAUGGACGGACACCCGUUUGGUUGGCCUCAGUGGGGAUUCCCAGCACCCCAAGGUCCCUACCACUGCGGGGUGGGGGCAGACAAAGCUGUCGGACGAGACAUUGUGGAUUGCCACUACAAGGCGUGUCUCUACGCGGGGAUCAGAAUCUGUGGAGCCAACGCUGAAGCGAUGCAAUCCCAAUGGGAGUUCCAGGUGGGUCCCUGCGAGGGUAUUGAGAUGGGAGAUCAACUGUGGGUUGCACGCUUCUUGCUGCAUCGUGUGUGCGAAGAUUUUGGGGUUCUUGCAACACUGGACCCCAAACCAGUGGAGGGAAACUGGAACGGUGCUGGCGGACACAUGAAUGUCAGCACCAAGCAGAUGAGGGAAGAAGGAGGACUGCAAUACAUCGAGCAGGCCAUUGAGAAGCUGAGCAAAAGACACAAGGAGCACAUUAAAGUGUAUGACCCACACGGCGGUCAGGACAACGUGCGACGUCUCACGGGUCAUCAUGAGACCGCUAACAUCAACAAAUUCACUGCUGGAGUUGCCGACCGAUUUGCCAGCAUCCGCAUUCCUCUCCAGGUGAGCCAUGACAACAAAGGCUACUUCGAGGACCGCCGCCCUGCAGCAAACUGUGAUCCAUACCUUGUGACCAAAGCCAUAGCAAGCACCUGCCUGCUGGAUGAUGUGGAGCAAGUCAGAGGCUGUUAAUGAAUGUUCAUUAUAUUGGUUUAGUCAAACAUGUAAACGAGGUUACAUUGAACAUUGUUGACAGACACAUUAACAUUAAUAAUACCUCCAUUAGACGUUGCGUGUGAAUGCUGAAAAGCUGAAGCGAAACUGAAAUGCUUUGAAAAGGUAAGUCAAUCGAAAUUUUGAAUGAACAUUGGAGCCGUUCGGAAGCUGAAGCUCGACUGAAAUGCAGCGGAAAUAUGCUAAAAUGCAAAAUGAAAGUAAGAGUAGUUUGGCAGUUUGAGCUAGACUGUGAAAUUGAACCGACAAUCCAAUCAGCCACCAAGCACUCUACCAGCUGAACUAUACAACUUCAGUAGUAUCAGUACUAUAGAAUGAGGGUCGUAGUAGGGCUGCCCAUUCAUUUUCAAUGGGAAAAUUGUCAUAGAAAAUAUGAAAUUACACAAAAUGUGGGAAUAUUUAGAAAAGUAUGAAUUGGUCUGAAACACUGUUAAAUGUCACAUAAUUCUAUUAAACAUGAUGAAGACUUACGCGGGGCUUGAACGCCUGACCUGCAGGGUGGGAGACGAGCGCCAAUUGAGCUUUGUUUGUUCCAUAUUUUACCACAAAAUAUGAAUAAUACUCCAGCCACUUUGUACACUGAUUGUAUGAACUUGCUAUAAUAGCAACUACUCCAGCAGGCUUUGGGCAAAAGGUGUGAUUUACUGUCUCCUCAGUCAAACUGCUCAGUUUAACCAUUGCUCCAAAUUGGUGGCAAUUGGUGGUGACUGGAGGGAAGUGACAUCCAUUUGUAAUAACAUUUUGUAAAACAUGAUGAAUGCUUAAAAAGGACUAUAUAUUGAAAUAUUAAUAAUUAAGCCAACAUUAGCAGAAGUCACAUGAGUACUCAGCCCGUUAGUCUUCUUAUAUUACAAUACUUGCCGCAAGAAUCAACACCGUAGUCAUCAAUCAACUGGAGGAAAACACUUUGUAAUAACAAGAGAAAAAUUAAAGAGUUCACCACAACAUGUCAACACUGGCAUCUACGUCAAAACGCUCAUCUAGUGGUCACUGGAAAAACAAUACUGACUUUAUUUCAAAGAGUUGCUCAAGAGGUGGCAGUGAUUGGAGGACUUCAAUCUGUAAUAUAAUUGCAUAGAACAUGAUCAAUGCACACAGGGGGCUAGAGCCAGCUUCCUUUGUGUUGCAAACCACAUGCUCAAACCGCCCAAGGCGUGUCACUGUUAAGGGCACAGCUGAAUCAUUCAUUUAUAGAAAAUGUAAAAUGAUUUUCACCAGCAGAGGGCACCAUUUAAAUACCCAUUCAUUUUCAAUGGGAAAAUGUUCACAGAAAAGAUGAAAUGGGUCUGAAUUGGUAGCACACUUGUCCCAAGUGAGCUGAACAACCAACCUUUUUGAGACGAAGCUCCCUGGUCUCGCCACUGAACCUGCACAAGCCUGUAAAAACUCGCAUACGCUGUAAAAAAAAAACAAAAACAAAAAAAACACUAAAAUUGAAAGGUGAACCGCGACGGAGCGAGGGAUCACUGUGUCCUCCUUCAAGCUAGGGUCUACAGCGCUAAGCCUUCUGGGUAAUGUCGUACUGUAUAUUAGCAUUUAGCAACACAGCCUUAAAUAUGCCUCACAGUUAUUAAACUCAUUUUAAGUAGUAAAUUGUAAAGGUACUCACCACUAAUGAACGAUAGUUAGAUGAUCAAUGAUUGUAACAGAUGAAAUCUAAGUCAGCCAAAGUCUAGCCCAGGGGUUUGGUUUGGUUUGGUUUAGUUUAUUUGAACAUGAAGGUUACAAUGGAAUACAUCUCGUGAAUCAUUUUUUGACAGUUCCACAUGUCCAAAAGGAGUAGGAAGAAGCAAAGCUUAUUUAAUCCUACCCCCCAUCCAUUCUACAUCUAGUACAGUACAUGUAGUUCACUUCCUGGAUUCCAUGUCAUGUUUUCAGUGAUAGUCAGGAUAACACAUAAUAGAUAACGGUGAGAUAACCGUCCCCCCAAAAAAAGAGAGAACAUUCAUAAUAAUGAUAAUAUGAUGACAAUACUAAAUAAAUAAAUAAAUAAAUAAGAACAAAGAAAAUUAUUAAAAAUAAAUAAAUAAAUAACAAAUAAAAUUUAAUUAAAUAAAUAAAAAAUAAAAUAAAAUAAAAUAAAAUAGAAAAUAAGUGUCCACAGUGUGGCCUGGGGGCGACAGUGUCCACAGUGUGGCCUGGGGGCGACAGUCUAAAAAUGUAAUUUAACAAGGAAACUAAAAAAAAAAAAAAAAAAACAACAGCAGCAGCAAAAAUGGGAAAAUCAAUCAAAAGUCAAAAUUUUAAGAGAAGAGUUGUAAUCUAGCAAGGUCAAAAAGCCAUAAUUUCACAAGAAUAAAGUAAUAGUAUGAGGAAAAAUGUCAUUUUAGUAGCAUGGAGUUGAAAUAUUAAAGAAAAAAGUUUGAUUUUUUUUUUUUUAGCCAAAAACAAUGACUAAAGUUGUAAUUUUUGGAAACUUAGGUUGGGGGAAAACUUAUAACAUGGGAAUAAAGUCAAAAUGUUUGAAAGAAAGUUGAAAUAUUUGGAAAAUUAUACAGAAAAAAUCCACAGCAGAAAUGUGACCAGAGUAAAGUCAAAAUGUUAAGAGAAAAAAAAACACAUUUCUAAUGAGAAAAAAGUUGCAAUUUUAUGAGAAUCAACUUGUAAAAUGAGAAAAAAUAUCAUUUUGGUAACACUGUUGAAACAAAGAAAUAAAAAAAACAGCUGUAAUUUUAUGACAAUAAAGUCAAAAUAUUAAGAAAAAAGUCCUAAAACGUCACAAUUUUACAAGAAUAAACUCGUAUUACACGUCAUGUUUAGUAGCAUUUCACCUUUGUAAUAUAGCUAUAGUAGUAUAGCUUCUUAGCAUAUCUCUACGUGUUGGUUUCCUAAAUAUCAAAGUGGCCCUUGCAUCCUUUCAUUUUUCAGUAUGUGGCCCUCGCUGGAAAAAGUUUGGACACCCCUGGUCUAGCCUACAGCCUGAUGUUUGUUCAGAUACGUUUUUACGAAGUGGCGCAGAAGCUGGCGCAGCUGAUGACCGAGUGGACUGCGCGAGAGCUUUCCAUCUGACGUCAGCGAUGAGCUGUUGAUGCGUUCUCUCCGCAUCACGCAUGCGAUCAGUCAGGAUGCGGUUAGUGUCACAUUUCCUGUGUACCUUAAGACUGGUCGUCAAUCACAACACUUGAAUAAGACUAUAGACAACCAUUCACACAUCACCGCGUGGGAAAGAUUUUAAUUUCUUCAUUUGCCGUAAUUCUAUGCCUCCAGUUUUGUGAGUAUCCUUAACGGUUCCAUAAGGAUUCUACACAAGUGCACAAAGUUCCAUGAAAGCAUGAUUGGAUGAGUGUGGACAGAACCCUGACCUGUAGUUGUAGUAAACACAUGUAUUUCAGUGAUUAUACAUAUUAUUCACUGUUUGUCAUGCCUCACAGUAAAAUAAGGAGUAAAAGCCUCUGGCAAGUGUCGUUGUCUUUUCAGUGAAUCAGGGUCUAGAUGGAU